AUGGCGCCGUUGCCGAUCGCGCUGUACAUUUGUUUGAUUGAUCGGAUAAGGGAAAGCAACGGGACAGCGGCAACGACACGCCGAGGCGAGGCAGCGACGCGACGCGACGACGGUGGGCGCUCCGCUGCUACGGGGCUGCCUGGGCAGGCAGAGCAAAGCCGCAAAAGGCAUGUUGGGCCCGCCGCGGAGGAGGGACAGGGUAGAGAGAUAGAGGGAAAAGACUGGGCUUAUUUUAGUCGCGGCGUAUCUCGUAAAAUCCAGGAAAUUCGAUUCACUGGACGCCUGCCCGUGGCUCGUCUGUCUCAGCUCCUCCUGCCUCUGUUUCCUUCCCUCUGCUGCUUGCCUGCCCCUCGCGAAAAGCAACAAAACACACAUCAAAGCAAGCAGCAGCGAGAGGAGGACGGAAAAGGCGAGAGGCUUCUUCUUCUCUCUCUCUCUCUCUCUCUCUCUCUCUCCAUCUCACAGGCUCAAAGCGGAGCAGGGCGCAGCAGCAGCAGCCGCUGUCCUGUCUCCUCCUCGUGGUUCGGGUUGGGUUGGGUUGGCUUUGGGUGGUUGGUGUGGGUUUGCUGCGGCGCAUGUGAAUUGGGGAUGGGAGGAGGAGGAGGAGGGGAGGCCGCGGCGGCAACGACGGCGGUGGUGGAGGAAGAUGGGGAGGCGGGGAAGGGGAAGAAGGGGUGGCGCGCCAAGGUGAAACUGAGCAGGGUGCUGGUGGUGCUGUGGGUGGUGGCGGCGUCGGCGCUCUGGCUGGGGCUGCACUGGCGCUUCCGCCGCGCCGCGCUGCGCAAGGCCGAGGAAGGCAUCGUGUGCAUGUGCGAGGAGCGCGCGCGCAUGCUGCAGGACCAGUUCGCCGUCUCCGUCAACCACGUCCACGCCCUCGCCAUCCUCGUCGCCACCUUCCACUACGAGAAGCAGCCGCCCGCGCUCGACCAGGACACCUUCGCGGACUACACGGCGAGGACGUCGUUCGAGAGGCCGCUGCUGAGCGGUGUGGCGUACGCGCAGCGGGUGAUGAACGCGGACAGGGAGAGCUUCGAGCGGCAGCAGGGGUGGAUCAUCAAGACCAUGAAGCACGAGCCGUCCCCGGUGCAGGACGAGUACGCGCCGGUGAUCUACUCCCAGGAGACCGUGUCGUACAUCGAGGGGCUCGACAUGAUGUCCGGCGAGGAGGACCGGGAAAACAUCUUGAGGUCGAGGGCGACAGGGAAGGCCGUUCUUACGAGACCAUUCAGGCUCAUGUCGAAUCACCUGGGUGUUGUAUUGACAUUUCCUGUCUACCUUGUGGAUCUUCCUCCAGAUGCCAAGGUGGAGGAUCGUGUUGCUGCUACCGCAGGAUACCUUGGAGGUGCUUUUGAUGUAGAGUCACUGGUGGAAAACUUGUUGAGGCAGCUAGCUGGUAAUCAGGAGUUGGUGGUGAACGUUUAUGAUGUCACAAACCAUUCAAACCCUCUUGUCAUGUAUGGGUCUGAAGUUCCUCUUGGUGCCCCCUCACCCUCACACAUCUGCAUGCUAGAUUUUGGUGAUCCAUUCAGAAAGCACCACAUGAUAUGCAGAUACAGAAACAAGCAUCAUGUUCCGUGGUCUGCUAUUACUACUCCAUCUGGUGUCUUCGUUAUAUGUAUGCUUGUGGGCUACAUAAUAUAUGCUGCUUGGACUCACUAUGAUAAUGUUAAGGAAGAUUGCCGGAAAAUGGAAGCUCUGAAAAAACGGGCAGAAGCAGCUGAUGUUGCUAAAUCUCAGUUCCUUGCAACUGUUUCUCAUGAGAUCAGGACACCCAUGAAUGGCGUACUAGGAAUGCUUGAUAUGCUAUUAGACACAGAGCUGAAGUCAACCCAGAGGGAUUAUGCACAAACUGCUCAAGUCUGUGGAAAGGCACUGAUAUCCCUAAUCAACGAAGUGCUUGACAGGGCCAAAAUUGAAGCUCGCAAGUUAGAGCUAGAGUCUGUACCGUUUGACCUUAGGUCCAUUCUUGAUGACGUCGUCUCGCUAUUUUCUUCGAAGUCAAGCGAGAAGGGAAUUGAGCUUGCUGUUUACGUCUCUGAAAGAGUUCCCGAACUCCUGUUGGGCGAUCCUGGAAGGUUUCGGCAGAUAAUUACAAACUUAGUUGGGAACUCAAUUAAGUUUACAGAACGGGGCCACAUUUUUGUGCAAGUUCACCUGGCAGACCACUCAAAUCUUGCAACGGAAGCAAAAGUUGAACCAGUUGUGAAUGGCAUCAAUGGACAUAAAGAUGAGACGAGUACGAUAUCCUCAAGUGUGUCUCACAAUACGUUGAGUGGUUUUGAGGCUGCUGACAGCAGAAAUAGCUGGGAAAACUUCAAACUCUUACUUUCUUAUGAGACAAAUGAGAUGCCGUAUGGAAGUGAGUCAGAUAAAGUGACUCUUGUAGUAAGUGUGGAAGAUACAGGGAUAGGUAUACCGAUUCAUGCCCAAGACCGUGUCUUCACACCUUUCAUGCAAGCUGAUAGUUCAACAUCUAGAAAUUACGGUGGAACUGGAAUUGGAUUGAGUAUUAGCCAGUGUCUUGUUGAACUAAUGGGUGGUCAGAUAAACUUUGUCAGUCGACCCCAAGUUGGGAGCACAUUCACAUUCACUGCAGUUCUCCAAAGGUGUGAGAGAAAUGCUAUUAGUGUCAGUAAGUCUGCUUUGUUGCAUCCUCUGCCAUCCAGUUUUAAAGGUUUAUCUUCACUGUUGGUUGAUAAAAGACCAGUAAGAGCAACGGUAACGAAGUAUCAUUUGCAAAGGCUGGGAAUUGCCUCGAAAUCUGUGGGUACCAUUGAACUAGCACUUGGUGCGUUGUCUGGGAGGAAUGGAAGUUUGCUAACCAGCAUGCCUAGGAAGCAAAUUUCCAUGUUAUUAAUUGAGAGUGACUCAUGGGGCUUAAAGAUGGAUGUUCCCUUACAUACCAGACUUCUGGAGAUGAAACAGAACGGGUCUGAAACUGUGUUCCCCCCAGUUAUCCUACUUGCAUCUGCAGAAUCAGACAAAAUGAAGGCAAAAUAUGCAGUUGAUUCUGUGAUCACAAAGCCUCUGAAAGCAAGCACACUUGCAGCUUGUCUAUUCCAAGCACUUGGUAUCAGUAUCACACAGGCACACAGAGAGAAACAUCAUGACUCAAGUCCUCUGCAUGGGUUGCUUCUUGGAAAGAACAUAUUGGUUGUUGAUGACAACAAGGUGAACCUUAGAGUGGCUGCUGGUACACUAAAGAAAUAUGGGGCAAAGGUGGAGUGCGUGGAGAGUGGCAAAGAUGCUCUUGCCCUUCUACAAGUUCCACACAAGUUUGAUCUUUGUCUAAUGGACAUUCAGAUGCCAGAGAUGGAUGGGUUCGAGGCAACCCGGCAAAUACGGGCAAUGGAAGCAAAAGCACAUGACCAGGAGGACGAUGCUUAUAAUUCAGAAGCAGACAGCACAGCAAAGAGGGCCGAAUGGCACCUGCCUGUCCUGGCAAUGACUGCCGAUGUUAUACAGGCGACCCACGAGGAAUGCACAAAGUUUGGGAUGGAUGGCUAUGUCUCAAAACCCUUCGAGGAGAAGCAGCUCUUCCAGGCAGUGGAGAAGUUCUUGGGACCUAGCAUUUCCAGCUGACAGCAAGCAACAGAUUGUACGUUGAUUGGGUGGAGCUCUGUCUGAAAUGGAGGUUAUGUUCUUCCAUUUUGCAUAAUUCCUUAACCGAGAAUACACUCUGAUAAUGAUGGAACCGCGCUGGUCGUAGCUCCAAAAUAUGCACAGGCGAUCGAAUUCAUGGUGAGGCGUGCAGUCAAGACAACAGAGUUGUACAUGUAGUAUUGUAUUGGCAGCCAAGCUGGCAAGCCCUGUUAUAUCAUAAUCUAGCAGAAACAUAUGUCAAGGGUGAGCACUGCAUGGGCCUUCGGCCUUCAGUGUUUUUGGAGCAGCAUGCGUGCUGCAUAGUUUUUUUGUACAGUUUCCACGGUUUUUCUGCUCCGGUCCGCUGUUGACUCGAGGGAGGCAUGCCUGCUUUGCUGGGUGAGGCUGGGAAAAUUUGAGAUUAGUUUUUGGCUAUCCUACAUUGUACUGGAAAACAAUCCAGUACGUGUGGAUUAAGCUGAUGUAAAUGGCGCGAUGCAUUUCCAUAUGGAUACGUAGUAUGAAGGAAUUUCAAUUGCUGAAUCACUCUCAAUGUUCAUAUA